AAGACCUGACUGAAUUACUCAGAGUAGGUAAACUGCACUCCAAGCUUUGUCAAUAAAUUUGUUAAACUAAAAAACUAUGGAUUUUUGGCGUCGGGUUCGAAAUGAGUGAUUUUAUUUUCAACUUUUUUAAAGAUAAAACCAAAUGCUUUUCCAAGAGGCAAACCAAUAAAUUUUACGGAGCGUGUGAUUCCCUCACUUUCAAAACAACUUCUUGUUAGCCCUCAGUAUUUCAAGCUAGUGUAAAAUAAAACUGUCAACACUGGGACUACUAAGUAUUAGUGGAAAGUUCCCGGAAAAACAAAGGCUUGAGGUCGACAGGGUUAGAGGAAAUGGGAGGGGGAGGGGCAUGAGAGUGGCCGUGGUCCUCUUCAGCCGACACUGACGCCUCACCUGGCUCACCACCAAGUCGCCAGUUUGUUACCUGACGCGUCCAGUUGAAGGUGGCUUGUGUGGAAAGUCCCACUGUGCGCCUGGCCCAAAGAGUGUUGUACGCAUCACACAACUGCUGUUUACAGUAGUUUUUCCCGUGUUUAUCCCCUGUGUUUACUAAACAACACGAAACUAACGUUAUAGCUUCUCGAAUUUCGUGUUUGUAUGUGUUGGAAGCGAUGUGGUGAUACCAUACCUUCCAGCCAUACCUCGCUGUACCCACCUAACUACACGACCCUUCACGUGUUGUCUGGCACAGCAACAAUUGAGUUACUACAUCUUCCCCGAGCCGCUGGGUGAUUCACUACCACCUAAACCAGAGGCCUCCUACCUAGUCUUUAUAGAGGGACUUUCCUUGUUGCUGGCACCAUGGCGUACGUGGAUGAGUUGGUGGAUCGCUUCACCUGGAUUGAUUACAUGGUGUUCAGCUGCAUGCUGUUGGUGUCGGCCGUCAUCGGCAUUUUUUAUGGCUGCUUCAGUAAGAAACAGGACACAAAUGACUUUCUAAUGGCUGGCAAGUCCAUGACUGCCUUCCCAGUAGCCAUGUCUUUAAUUGCCAGCUUCAUGUCGGCCAUCACGCUGUUGGGGACGCCGUCGGAAGUGUACCAGUUCGGGUUCCUCUACUGGCUCAUCGGGUUCGCUUAUGUACUUAUGACGCCCUCUGCUGCCUACCUCUACUUCCCGGUCUUCUACAAGCUCCAGGUCACUUCCGCCUACGAGUACCUGGAGAGGAGGUUCCACAGGUCGGUGCGUUGGCUGGGCUCCUUCGUCUUUAUUAUCCAGAUGACGCUGUACAUGGCCAUCGUGGUGUACGCCCCAGCCCUCGCACUAGAACAGGUCACCGGCCUUAACGUCUACAUCUCCGUCUCCCUCAUCUGCUUCGUCUGCAUCUUCUACACUACACUCGGCGGCAUGAAGGCGGUGCUCUGGACCGAUGCUCUCCAGACGCUCAUCAUGUAUGGGAGUAUGAUGUUCGUCAUCAUCAAGGGCGCCAUCGACAUUGGCGGCUUCGAUGUUGUGUGGCAGAGAAAUGCAGACAGCGGCCGAGCUCAGCUGAUUGACUUCGACCCUGACCCGACCACCCGCCACACCUUCUGGACCCUUGUCAUCGGAGGUUAUUUCACCUGGAUCACCGUCUACGGUGUUAACCAGGCACAGAUUCAGCGAUACCUCAGCGUUCAGACUAAACAGAUGGCCGUCAAUGCGCUGUGGAUCAACUUUGUGGGACUGUUUAUACUGAUGCUCACCUGCUGCUUCGGUGGGAUGGUUGUGUACGCCAAUUACCACGACUGUGACCCCAUCCGCUCAGGUGUGGUUGACAAGGGAGACCAGCUGUUCCCGCUCUUCGUUAUGGAUACCCUUGGCCAAUGGAGAGGUCUCCCAGGACUCUUCGUUGCUGGUGUAUUUUCCGGGGCUUUAAGCACCGUGUCUUCCGGAAUGAACUCCUUAGCGGCCAUCGUGUUGGAGGACUUUAUCAAGGCCGGCUGUUAUCCCAACAUCUCUGAAAACGCUGCCACCUGGACUUCCAGAGCACUCUCACUCUUCUUCGGUCUGCUCACUUUUGCACUCGUCUUCGUAGCAGAACAACUCGGCAACAUUUUAAAUGCGGCGCUCAGCAUCUUUGGUGUGGUCGGAGGGCCUCUGCUGGGAGUCUUCACCCUCGGCAUGUUCUUCCCCUGGGCCAACUCCACCGGAGCCUUCGUUGGUGAGGUGGUCAGCUUGGUCUUCAUGUUCUGGAUCGGAAUCGGUCAUCAGGUGGCCAAAGCUUCGGGUCAGAUACACUUGCCUUCCCUGCCCACGAGUAUUGAUGGGUGCAACUUCACCAUCGUUGAACCGACCUUCACACCUAUACCUGAGAGUGAUCCUGGUGAGCCUCUGGCCAUAUACCGCCUGUCAUACAUGUGGUAUUCUGCCACGGGCUGCUUCACCGUGAUCGUGGUGGGUAUGCUGGUGACGCUGGUGACUGGCAAGCAAGACGUAAGGGCCCUCGACCCUCGUUGCCUCUCUCCCGCUGUCUUGUGGCUCAAGAACUGGAUACCAGGACUGGACGGUCUUGGGGAAGACUAUGUUCAUGAGGAAGAAGGUCUGAAAGAAAACAAUAGCUCUGUCUCCUUGGGCAAUGUCAACCCAGGAUAUAAGUCAGAAACAACUGAAAAUACGUCAAAUGGAUAUUCACCUGAGGAGAGUUCAAAGCUGUAAAAUGUAUCUCACAGUAAGCAAUGUACUUUCAGUUCAACAAACUUGUAAAUGAUAAGAAGAGUUUGCUGUUAAUCAGAUGAAGUAUCAGUACGAAGCUAACUUUCGCAACCGAGGAUCAAGUAUCAAAAUAGUACAAUACAUCUCAGACAUUUCAUGAAACAGCAUUAAGCAUUUGGACAUGUAAUUCUUGCUUCAUUACCUGACACAUAAACCAUACAUCACUUGUAACACAGUGCACAGAUCUGCAAAUUAGGUCAAUACUGUGUAUGUCGAACACCAGCGUGCAGGGGGUGGUGGUUGUUAUUCACUAGACAUGGAUCCAAUGACUAAGAAUGUAGUCUAACCAGGAAUCCUCUCUUGUAUGUUCGACUGAAGCCUAAUAGUUGUACACAUGAAAAAUCCAGUUUCAUUGCGAUACAUUUUCCUAACAAGCCUUUUGAGGUUUUUUUAUGAAAUAGUUCAUAUUUUUUAUAAACUGUACUAUACACUGGAUAGUAAGUGUAAUUUUUUCCUAUUUAACUACCCUAUAUUUCCAGUAUUACUUAUUUACUGUAGAGUUACAACAAUACUUAAUUUGAACCUUUUUUAUACUGUAUAAUUGUGAAUUGGGUGUAAAUGUUCAGUGUAUUUAUCAAGUAAGGAGAGUCUUGAGAAUACCUUAUUACGUACUUUCUAAGUCUUUUUAAUUUUACAUACAUUCACUAAUGUAUAUAUUUGAGUAUCAGUGUAUGUAUAAUUGUAUUA